AUGUACAACCAACGCAUGACCAUGCCGCAGUCGGCCUAUUAUACCAUGCCUUCUUCUUCUGCCCCGAUGCAGCAGCAGCCGCAGCCAACAUACGAGAGCUACGCUCCGGUGUCUGCACCCCCCGUUGCUGUACCCCCUAUGCAACACCGAGCCUCCUCCGGGGCCUGGACUCCCCAAGAUGAUCAACAGCUUCUUGCGGCUCGCGCCCAGGGCCUCAACUGGGGCCAAAUCCAGAUGUCCUACUUCCCUAGCAAGACCCCUAACGCCUGCAGAAAGCGCCAUGAGCGUCUGAUGGAACGCAAAGGGGCCGACGACUGGGACAACCGCAAGCUUGAACGCCUGGCCAAGGAGUACAUGAGCAUGAGAAAAGAGAUAUGGUCGGGCCUUGCGGCCCGCACCGGCGAGAAGUGGAAUGUCGUCGAGGCCAAGUGCAUGUCGAACGGUCUCAAGAAUCUGCAAAGCGCGUCUCGCGCCGGAGCUAGACGGGAGCGCCUCGAAUCGGGGCAGCCACUACCACCAGGGUAUGACGAUGACAGCGGCAUCAGCGGCCUCGGGCUUACCCCAGUUGACGAGCUAGACGCGUCCUACAGUAGUCCAGAGACAGUGUCCUCCGGGCAUUCUGCCAGCGGUAGCAGCACCUCGGCAGCGGGCUACGUCGCCUCCCUCCAUCACCUACAACCCCUUCACGCCGGCCAGUACGGUUACGGUCAUACCGGCGCCCAUCAUGGAUAUACUAGCUCGGUCUCCUCGAACGGCUCGGUCAACGGCGGAUACGGCCACGGCCAGUCACAAUCUCCCAGCCCCUACCUCCACCCCCACGGCCAGAGACUGCCCAGCGUGGAUAUGGGUAUAGAUGCCAUUAUCAACCGACCGGGUGGUGGUGGUGGUCAGCAGCAGAUGUAA